CCCGCGCCCCCCGCCGCCCCCGCGCCGGCCCCGCCAUGCGCAGGGAGAUGAACGGGGUCACUAAGAGCCGCUUUGAGAUGUUCUCAAACAACGAUGAAGCUGCAAUCAACAAGAAACUGCCCAAAGAGCUGCUGCUUCGAAUUUUCUCUUUCCUGGAUGUGGUCACUCUGUGUCGUUGUGCUCAAGUUUCCAGGGCAUGGAAUGUUCUGGCCCUGGAUGGCAGUAACUGGCAGCGAAUUGACCUGUUUGAUUUCCAGAGGGAUAUUGAGGGCCGGGUGGUGGAGAACAUCUCCAAGAGAUGUGGGGGAUUCCUGCGGAAGCUGAGCCUGCGCGGCUGCCAGGGAGUGGGGGACAACGCCUUAAGGACCUUUGCCCAGAACUGCAGGAACAUCGAAGUGUUGAACCUCAAUGGUUGCACCAAGAUCACGGACGCCACCUGCACCAGCCUCAGCAAGUUCUGCUCCAAACUCAGGCACCUGGAUUUGGCUUCUUGCACCUCCAUCACCAACCUGUCCCUGAAAGCACUCAGCGAGGGAUGCCCGCUGCUGGAACAGCUCAUCAUCUCCUGGUGUGACCAAGUGACCAAGGACGGGAUCCAGGCGCUGGUGCGGGGCUGCGGGGGGCUCCGGGCCCUGUCCCUCAAGGGCUGCACCCAGCUGGAGGACGAGGCCCUCAAGUUCAUUGGUGCCCACUGUCCUGAGCUGGUGACCCUGAACCUGCAGACCUGCCUGCAAAUCACAGAUGAUGGGCUCAUCACCAUCUGCAGGGGCUGCCACAAGCUGCAGUCCCUGUGUGCUUCUGGCUGCUCCAACAUCACUGAUGCCAUCCUCAACGCCCUGGGACAGAACUGCCCACGCCUCCGAAUAUUGGAAGUGGCGCGGUGUUCGCAGCUGACCGACGUGGGCUUCACCACCCUGGCCAGGAAUUGCCAUGAGCUUGAAAAAAUGGAUCUGGAAGAGUGUGUCCAGAUUACAGACAGCACACUAAUCCAGCUUUCCAUACACUGUCCACGGCUGCAGGUCCUGAGUUUAUCCCACUGCGAGCUGAUCACGGACGAUGGCAUCCGUCACCUGGGCAACGGCGCCUGCGCCCACGACCGGCUGGAGGUGAUCGAGCUGGACAACUGCCCCCUGAUCACCGACGCCUCCCUGGAGCACCUCAAGAGCUGCCACAGCCUCGAGAGGAUAGAACUGUACGACUGCCAGCAGAUCACGCGGGCCGGGAUCAAGAGACUCAGGACCCACCUGCCCAACAUCAAAGUCCACGCCUACUUCGCCCCGGUGACUCCCCCGCCGUCGGUGGGCGGCAGCCGGCAGCGCUUCUGCAGAUGCUGCAUCAUCCUAUGACACCGGAUGGGGCUGGAAGCACGCCCGGGAACCCCCGGAUCUCCAGAACCUCGGAGGAGAAGCGCCCCCAGCGAGCAGGGCUGGGCUGCCCCCCACACACCCCCGUGAUCCCGGCGGGACGAGGGAGCAGGGCCCGACCCAGGGGAGGGCUCCCAGCCUGCAGGGACCGGGGCUGCUGCUGCUGCUGCUGCUGAGGGUGGGAAAGGAGCCGGGAGAUGCUUGGAGUGGGGCGAGGGGAGAGGAGAGGAACACGCUGAACGCCCUUGUGCAGGGGGAAAAACCCCAGCAAAUGUGAGAACUCAAACAAGAUCUGAAAACCCCAACAAAUCUGAGAAGCCCAACAAAACCUGAGAGCCACAACAAAACCUGGAAACCCAGACAAAGCAGGAAAACUUAAACAAAACUUAAAAACCCGAACAAAACCUGAAAACCCAAGCAAAACCCGAAAACUCAAACAAAACCUGAGAACCCCAACAAACCUGGAAACCCAAACAAAACCUGGAAACCGCAACAAAACUUGAGAACCCCAACAAACCUGGAAACCCCAACAAAUCUGAAAAACCCAAACAAAACCUGGAAACCCCAGCAAAACCUGAAAACUCAAACAAAACAUGAAAAUCCCAACAAACCUGGAAACCCAAACAAAACCUGAGAACCCCAACAAAUCUGAAAACCCCAACGAGUUCCGUGUCCGUUUGUCAGUAAGGGAAUGAAACAGCAGCUGCUGAGCCAGGAUUUCCCUGGGAUCCAGAAUUUACCUGGGAUCCAGGAUUUUCCUAGGAUCCAGGAUUUCCCUCUGGGAUUCAGGAUUUCCCUCUGAGAUCCAGAAUUUCCCUGGGAUCCAGGAUUUCCCUCUGGGAUCCAGGAUUUCCCUGUGGUUCAGGAUUUCCCUGGGAUCCAGGAUUUCCCCUGUGCUUCCCUGCUCCCACCUGAGCACGCUCACGAUUGUUGUGAUGGACCUUGGAAUUUCUAAUUCCACAUAUUUUACCCUCCCCAAAUCCUGCCUUUUUUUUUUUUUUUUUUUUUUUUAAAAGGUUUUUUUCCCAAAUUUUUCUUCCAAAUUCAGUCAUUUAUUGAGAUUCCCCAGCAAAUCCAUUAGGAAUUUUUUCCCAGGAGAAGCCUGAGCCUGUGAUGAGCUGUCAGGAAGAUUUGAAAGGAGCACAGGGAGCUGCACCCCAGGCUGGAUAAUCAGGGAUUGGGUGUCCAAACUCAUCCCAAAUCCAGGUUUUAUCCCAAUGACAAGGACAGAAUCCUCCACACAGGGAAUAAUAUAUAUACAAAUAUAUAAUUCUCAGCACAGGGAGAAUUCCAGCCCGUGUUCCAAGGACUGUGAGUUCCCUCCUCCUGUCCCAUCCCUCCAUCCUCCCCCAAGGAAAAGCCAAGUAGAGCUUUUUGCUUGUUGCCCUGAUGAAGAAUUAAUUAAGGAUUCCAUGAUGGAGCAGGGCUGGGAUCCUCCCUCAGUGCCCGUGGGGGCCCUUCCUGCCCUCCCCACCUGCCCAGGUAAGUGUGGAGCCCUGGAUGGGCUCUGGGUGUGCCAGGCCCAGCUCUGGGGGGACAGGGAGGCUUUGCUGGCUGCUUUUUUGGGGGGGAUGAAAUCCCAGGGUGGAACUGCUGGGCAGAUCCCAAGGGUUGAAGGGACAGGUCUGUGGCUCCGUGUCCGUCGUUCCCGCUGUCUCGGCGCUGCGUUGAAGGGUUUGGCUUCCCCUGGGUGCUGAGGAAUCUCCUGGUGGGGCAGGAGCAGCUGCAGCAGCAGGAGUGGCUGUGUAGGGGCUGGGCAUGGGGGGGGGGGGAUUUUCCCAUUUUCCCACCAGGAAUUCCAAAAGGACAAUGAGCUGUUCCCAGCAGGAGCUGCACCCCUUCAUGUCCCCCAGCCUGGGAGCACCUCCAGGCUGCUGUGGUUAAAAGGACACUGUCAAUGCCCUCCUGUAGGUGGCUUUUAAUCCCUUAUAUUUAUUCAAAUCCUCUUUAGCGCUGUGGAUUCUCCCCCUCUCCUCGGGCGCCUUCGUUUCCAGAACUUUCUCCAGGUUUCAGGGUGGCAGAAGAUGCUGGUGACAGACUGGACGGGCAGAGGGGUCACCCAGCAAUCACAGGAUUUGCACAACUCUGGGAAAAUAAAAUAAAAACAAAACACUUUUUGUUUAGUUCCUACUGUGGCAGGGGAGAGAGAAGAGCGGGAUUUUGGCUGGCUGAUCCCUUUGGAACAGAGCAGAGUUUUCCAGGGAAAACUCCAGAACACAGAACCCAAAGCAAUUUUAUUUUCUGUUUGCAGACCAGGGUGACAGCAUUAAGGUAGCUCAAACUUCUUGACAGUGUCCUUUUAAGUCAAUUAUCCGUCUUCAAAUGGACUCUUCCUGAUGUUUAUAUUUAUAAAUACCAAUAAACACCAUUUUCCAA